GCGCUUAUAAUAUUUCUACCAUGUAUUUUAAAUUAGCAUCUCCGAUACAGAAUACGUAGUUAGAAUAUAUUUGAAAAGGCAGCGCUACGGACAGCCUUGUGCAGACAUGGCGGCGCUCAGAUUGUGCAGUAGUGUCCUCCGUACAGCAUGUAGAGGAGGAAUCUCUGUGCCAACAGUACGAAGCAGCUGGCAGAACAGUCACUUGGCCAACAUACUUCAAGUGCACCCGUGUGUGUCUGUUCUUCACAGUGUUACCAUUCAACAAAACAGGCAGAGCAGCUUCUUUAACAAGUUGACUGCCAAUGAACUAUGGAGAGGAGUCUUGGCAGAAAGUGGGACAGGUGCACGAAAAGGAAGAGGCAAAAGAACAAAGAAAAAGCUUAAGAAAGAUCUCAACCGCGGACAGAUGCUUGGAGAAGGGAGAUCUGGAUAUCUCUGGCCUGGGUUAAAUGCACCUAUUGUAAAGAGUGGCUCAGUACAGACCAUUGCAAAGAGGGACCAGGUACAGCAGGAGGAAAUGCAAGCUGAAAUGAUAAAGCAACGAGAUGAAUGGGACAAAAAGAGAAGAACGAGAAUUAAACGCGAGAGAGGCUGGACUGGGAACAGUUGGGGUGGUGUUAGCAUUGGAGCCCCAGACCCAGGGCCUAAUGGAGAAACCUAUGAAGAUUUUGACUGCCGAGUAAUUGAGGUUAAAAAUGUUUUCAACAUGACUGCUAAAGAAGGAAGAAAGAAAUCUGUGAGUGCCUUGGUGGUUGUUGGUAAUGGAAAUGGAGUGGCAGGAUUUGCUCUUGGUAAGGCCAGUGACAGAAUGGUAGCUUUAAGAAAAGCAAAGAACAGAGCAGUUCACUAUCUACACUAUAUAGAGCGUUAUAACAAUCAUACAAUUUAUCAUGACAUCACAUCUUCAUUUAAGAGGACAUCAAUAAGAAUGAAGAAACAAAACCUAGGACACGGCCUCCAUUGCCAUAGGGCAAUAAUCACCAUCUGCAAGUUAAUUGGCAUCACAGACAUGUAUGCAAAGUUGUCUGGAUCCAUCAAUCUGCUGAAUCUCACAAGGGCACUUUUCCUUGGUUUGGCAAAGCAGGAGACACACCAAGAACUUGCAGACAAGAAGGGCCUUCAUGUGGUGGAAUUUAGUGAGGAGCGGGGCGGGUUGCCUGUUGUCGUUGCCUCUCCCAGGGGGGCCCUUCGCAAAGAUCCAGAGCCCGAAGGAGACGUUCCCGACACCAAACUGGACUGGGACGAAGUGAAAGCAGCUCAAGGAAUGAAGCGUUCUAUCUGGGCAAAUGUUAAGAGAACAUCUCGGUGAAAUCUUAAAAUGAAACAGACUGUAAGCAAAUUAAUAACCUGCACAACAACACAUGGUGCAAAUCUCCUGCUGUCACCGAACUGCAUUUUUAAUGCGUCCCUUUAUCACUUGGCUUGACAUUUACCUGCAAAAGAUAUUCAAUAUUACAUUACAUUUGCCCAUCUUGCAGCUCGGCAACCUGAGAGGGCUAGAGCUAUUACAGCAGUUUCUCUUCAUCAGCAAUGCAUUUGUUACAGGUCACACUAGAGCUGAAAAGUGUGGGUACAUUCCUAGCCAUUUAGCCACUCUUUUGUACUGCUCUAAUGCAUCUCUUACUAUCCACAGGGACACCAUAUUCUUUGUAAUGUAGUACUGUCUGUACUGGCACAGGUAAGAGCCACUCUGAAAGAAAUAAAGAUUUUGAGAAUUAGAAAUA